UUAAGAUCUCCACUUUCUGCAAGGCUCCUCUCAGUGUCGAGUUCACAUUCCUCCGAGAAACACCACCACCACUCAGUCCGAGCCACGCCAAAUUCCGUAGUCUGCAACUUUCUCAGAAUAAUUUUCCCUAAGAUUCUUCUCUCACUUUUGCUUCUACGAAAUACUUUCACGUACGUCUCAAUCUUCUCCAUUUUACCUUUUUAUCGAAAAAGAACUAGUCGAAACUCCACUCAGAAGAAUGGCAGGAUUGGGUGUGACUUGCUUCCAAGUUUUCCUCCUCGUCUGCAUCUCCCUCGCGAUGGGUGCCACCCUUCCAAACAACAAGCAGGAUCAUGAAAAGAGGGGCGAUAAAGGCGUGGUUCCUGCGGAAUCGUCAACCGUUGGUCAGCACGAGGGUGUGGUCGUGGUUCCUAACAACAAACCCGUCGUCUCAGCCCCUCACUUUCCCCCGGCUGGACUUUCCAGGGCGAAGCGAUACAUUGGGUGGGGACGACGACCUGGCAUGAGAUACAGCAAGGCCACGUGGGAUUGGGACAACAACUUUAACGACAAGUUUAACAAGCAUGAUAAACGAGUCCAAACCUCCCAAGACACUCCGGUUGUUUCCAACUUUCGAGAACUCCGCAUGAAGCAGAAGGUUCCCAACGCGCAGUUAUUGCUCCCCCAUUUGUUCAACCGGAACAACCGAUUGUCCUCCAACGACGGGGACAAUAAUAAUCAGGACGUGGUCGAGCUGACCGAAGAAGACGUCGAAGCUCUCCUCUACCUCUUAGAAGAUUAUUAUGCCAAAAACGGUCGCGGGGCGAAUAAUAAUGAGGGGCAGUAAACCAUGGAAAUUUACUGGAGAUUUUUAGUUUCUAAAAAAAAACUUUGGCUUACGUAACCUCAUUUCAUGGUAUAGAAUUUGGCGUAUCAGUCAACUUAUCAAUAUGUAUAUAACAUUUUUUACUUUUAGUACAUAUAAAAGUACGCGAUUUAUUAUUAUUAUUGCGUAACGACGACGAAUGAGGUUGGGAGAUUGUUUGAGACGUCGCUUUUGUACCAGAUCCCAUCACUUUCUCUCGCUUUCUCCUGGCUGGUUGGUUUAGCUGAUUUGUGGUCUGGCGUUCUAGAAUUGUUCGUCGUAACCAAAAAUAUGUAUGCAUUUCGGAUUCUGAUCACGAUUUUUGUCACAAACAGAGUUGAUUAGAAAUGCCAAACCCAUGUCGAACAUUUGAAUAAACCAAGGAACACGAAAGGAGAGAAAGUGUGGAACAGAUCGAAAACAGAAAACGCGUCCGUCUUGGCUGGAAGCUGUCUCCCUGACUCGCUCGUCUGACAACCAACCAACAAAGUAAAUAACGAACAGGAACAAUAAUCACGAGUCUUUUCAUCUAAAUACAUUACAUUACAUCUCAUCCUCCUUUCUCCGAGGGUUGUUUAGACUAAUUGAUUUUCCUUUAAUUAAUCAACGUCUCUCACACCAUGCUUGAUUUUGGUUUUGCUAAUGAGAUUCCUAACGGAUAUCGUUUCAAUCAAUGUCAUGAUUUUCGUGUGAAUUCAACUCUCUGUACAUAUUUACAUAAAUACCUGUGAGUUAAAGAAUUUCAAAUUCUACAGUAACAAUGGUCUUCCAAUCUGGCUGAUGAUACCAAAAAAAUAUUCAUAAAUAAAAUUUAAAAUUACAUAAAAUUGUGAAAUAAGUAAACCUGAGAAAAAGUCUCACUUAAAUAAAUAAGUGGAUAAGCUGCUUUCACUGUAAAUGCAAUGAAAUUGUGUAGACGUAGCAAUAUUCAGAAGUACUUAUGUAGACUGUAGACAAUAAGCUUGACAAUAAUAUGAGAUGAUCGUCCUGUCAGGAUUGCUGGGUUGAUGGAGGGUUGAAAGAUUAUAUACGGCUGGUGGUCAGGGAUAUGAGGAAGGUCAGAGGUCAAGGGUUGCAGUAUUGCUCUGUAGUAGCCACCGUUGUAUAAAUAUGAAUAAUGUCUUUGUCUUCCAUAAAUCUGUCAAUAUGUGUGAUUACGUAAUGUUGUGACAAUACUAAUAUCAACCUGUCUGUCGUAGUUUAUUCCUUCCUGUCUCCAUAAUCCUAAUGCCAUGUGAGUGACAAUAAAUAAAUAAAGUUCUUGAAUAUGUUCAUGUAUAUAAAUAAA